GGGGAAUAAGGUGCCAUUUGGGACUCAAUACUCUUGUCGCUGAGCCAAGACAAACCUUGCUGAACAUUCCCUCGCUCUGGUCCAUCCUGCGACGACAACAAUUUUCCGCUGUAGUAUUAGUGGAGGAACGGUCUCUAACGCUUUGGACCAGAGCUGUACAGUACCAUGAGUGCUUGGACGGAGUUGGAAAGGUGGAAAGCAUGACAUUUGGCAUCUUGUUGGAAUAAUCGCUCCACAAAGCAAGAUGCUGCUAUAAGAGAUUAAUACAGUUAUCCCAAGUUGUGGCUUCCAGAGAGUUAUCUGAAGACAUCCCUGGGUUCCUGCAUCAAACACAACUACAAACAUUUCUAUACAGGAGGUGGCAUCAUUCCUAUACAGGAGGUGGCAUCAUUUCUAUACAGGAGGUGGGCAUCAUUUCUAUACAGGAGGUGGCCAUCAUUUCUAUACAGGAGGUGGGCAUCAUUCCUAUACAGGAGGUGGGCAUCAUUCCUAUACAGGAGGGUGACAUGGACGAGGGCAGUGUGAGGAAGAGGAAGGACAUGUUUAAUGGAGGCCCCGCCCCCGGCCCAACCUCCAAUAUGUCUGCCUCCCACUCCAAGCCUGCUGAGGAGGACGUGAAGGCUACCGUGCUACAGAAGGAGGUGGGCCUUUUGAGUGGUAUCUGUCUGAUCGUAGGAACAAUGAUCGGCUCCGGCAUCUUCAUCUCCCCUAAGGCAGUGCUGCUGGAAACGGGAGCCGUAGGACCAUGUCUGUGUGUCUGGGCCGCCUGCGGGGUGCUGGCUACACUGGGGGCGCUGUGCUACGCGGAGCUGGGCACCAUGAUCACUAAGUCUGGAGGGGAAUACCCGUACUUAAUGGAAGCCUUUGGGUCAGUGAUUGCCUACCUCUACUCAUGGAGCACCAUCAUGGUUCUAAAGCCCUCCUCCUUCGCCAUCAUCGCCCUAAGCUUCGCAGAGUACGCCUCCACGCCGUUCUACCCAGGAUGCACUCCUCCCAUUGUUGUCACCAAGUGCCUGGCUGCAGUGUGCAUACUUGUGAUAGUGUUGGUGAACUGUCUCAGUGUGAAGCUAGCUAGCUAUGUCCAGAACUUCUUCACUGCAGCCAAGCUUCUCAUCAUCCUGGUCAUCGUAGUGGCAGGAAUCGUCCUCUUGGCACAAGGAAACACUGAGAAUCUGUCCAACCCAUUUGAAGGAGCCUCAACCUCCUUUGGAUCCAUUGGACUGGCGUUUUACAACGGGCUCUGGGCCUACGAUGGAUGGAAUCAGCUGAACUUUAUAACAGAGGAGCUGGAAAACCCAUACAGAAACCUUCCCCUGGCCAUUAUCAUUGGUAUUCCCCUGGUGUCUGUGUGCUAUGUGCUGGUCAACAUUGCCUACUUCAGCGCCAUGACCCCUACGGAACUACUGCAGUCUCCCGCUGUCGCUGUGACUUUUGGUGACAGAGUGCUGUACCCCCUGUCGUGGGUAGUCCCUGUGUUUGUCGUCUUCUCCACCUUCGGGGCGGCCAAUGGGAGCUGCUUCACAGCCGGCAGGCUGACCUAUGUGGCAGGAAGAGAGGGUCACAUGGUAAAGAUCUUGUCCUAUAUCAGUCUGAAGCGUUACACUCCUUCCCCCGCCCUCAUCUUCAAUGGUAUUCUGGCUGUAUUCUACAUUAUCCCAGCAGACAUCAACACACUGAUCAACUACUUUAGUUUCGCCCAGUGGGCUUUCUACGGUCUCACAGCUCUUGCUCUCAUCGUCAUGCGCUUCACCAGGAAGGAACUCAAGAGGCCCGUCAAGUGUCCCAUGCCCAUAGCAGUGCUGGUGGUGAUAGUGUCCUGCUACCUGGUCCUAGCACCUAUCAUAGACAAGCCAGAGCUGGAGUAUCUGUACUGUACCAUCUUCAUCCUCAGCGGUCUGCUGCUCUACUUCCCCUUCGUACACCGCAAGUUCAGCUGGACACGCAGGGUCAUGAGGCCAAUCACCAUGCACCUCCAGCUGCUGAUGGAGGUCGUUCCUCCUGAGAAAAACGAAUAGAGGAAGAUAAUAAACAGCCUAAACUGACUGAUGUGGACAAAUGUCUUUUAGUGCAUCCCAAAUGGUACCCUAUUCCCUGUGGUGCACUACCCUAUAGGCCCUAGUCAAAAGCAGUGCACUACAUAGGGAAUAGGGUGCCAUUUCAGACACAGACUUAGAAAACACAGACUGUCUCAUAAUGAAGGUAAUGUACUGUCUCAUAAUGAAGGUUCUGUACUCUCUCAUAAUGAAGGUCUGUCUCAUAAUGAAGGUCUGUCUCAUAAAGAAGGUUCUGUACUGUCUCAUAA